CUACUAGUCUCUGUUAUGGUAUGCCUGAUCAAAUCCACCACCCACGCACAACCUAACGCAGAUUUCAUCUUCAACGGCUUCCAACAAUCCACCAAUCUGACCUUGGAUGGUGUCGCCCAGAUCACUGAUGGAAUUUUGUUCCUAACCAACCGCACAAAACUGAAAACCGGGCACGCGUUUUACCCAAACCCGAUCAUCUUCAAGAACUCAACAAAUGACUCUGCCAUCUCCUUCUCCACUUCCUUUGUUUUCGGGAUUAUACCCGAAUUCCAUUCCGAGGGUGGGCACGGACUCUGCUUCGUCAUCGCUCCUCAACCGGCCUUACCAGGGGCACUGCCGAAAGAUCGGUUGGGCCUUUUCAACACGUCCAUUAUAGACCCAAACGGGACCAACCACGUUAUAGCUGUUGAAUUUGACACAAUAGAGACCCCAGACUUUAAGGAUAUGGAUGGAAAUCACGUUGGCAUUGAUAUAGACAGUCUGGAAUCUGUAGUUAAUAACUCCGCGGGGUAUUACUUGGACAACAACGGUACAUUUCAGAACCUAAGCUUGAUUAGCUAUGAAUCAAGGCGGGUUUGGAUCGAAUAUGAUGGUGUCAAGAAGCAAAUGAACGUAACCGUGGCCCCAAUCAAUCUGGAUAAACCGUCUCGACCGCUUCUGUCUCUAAAUAAAGACCUGUCUCUGUACAUUAAUCCCAAUAUGCAUGUCGGGUUCGCAGCAGCAACCGGUGUGCUUUUUAACAGCCAUUAUUUGUUAGGAUGGAGCUUCAAAGUGAAUGGCCAAGCUAAGGAGCUGGAUAUCUCUCUGCUUCCAAAGACCCCCCUUACAAAUGGAAAUAAAAGUAGCUCAAAAAAUAAGUUUUUGAUAAUCGGGAUGCCUUCGAUUUUGGGUUUUGUUCUGUUAAUAACGAUUAUAACAGCUUUGGUUUACUAUUUUAAGAGAAAGAAGAAGUUUGCAGAAGAAAUGGAGGAUUGGGAGCUUGAUUAUGGGCCUCAUCGAUUCAAAUACAGAGAUCUAUACUUCGCCACGAAUGGAUUUAGCGACAAGGAAUUGUUGGGUAGAGGUGGGUUUGGGAAAGUAUAUAAAGGUAUUCUACCAAGUUCAAAAAUUGAAAUUGCAGUAAAGAGAAUGUCACAAAAGUCAUGGCAAGGGAAGAGAGAAUUUGUGGCAGAAAUUGUGAGCAUGGGUCGUCUUCGGCACCGUAACUUGGUCCAACUCAUCGGGUAUUGUCGACGAAAGAAAGAGCUUCUAUUGGUCUAUGAGUAUAUGCCAAAUGGAAGUCUAGACAGAUUACUUUAUAACAAGUCGGGGCAGACUCUAAAUUGGAACCAACGUUUCUUGAUCAUUAAGGGAGUAGCAUCGGGUCUUUUUUAUCUACACGAGGGAUGGGAACAAAUUGUUAUCCACAGAGAUGUUAAGGCGAGUAAUGUCUUGUUAGAUAAUGAACUAAAUGGGAAAUUGGGUGAUUUUGGGUUGGCCAGAUUACAUGACCACGGGUCUGAUCCUCAUACUACCCAAGUAGUUGGUACAUUGGGUUAUCUUGCUCCAGAACAGAUGUGGACCAAAAAAGUGACUGAAGCUACUGAUGUAUUUUCUUUCGGGGCAUUUUUAUUGGAAGUUGCAUGUGGAAGGAGACCCGUUUUAAUGAAAGAAGAGCGGUUCAUUUUGAUAGAAUGGGUGUUUCGUUUUUGGUUAAAGGGUUUGAUUGUUAAUGCAAUGGAUCCUAAAUUAGGCGGUGAAUUUAACUUUGAGGAGGUAGAAUUGGUAAUGAAACUUGGUUUGCUUUGCUCAAAUAUGAACCCGUUGGCUAGGCCAACAAUGAGACAAGUGGUUGAGUAUUUAGAAAGAGAUGUUGUGAUGCCAGAGCUCUCAUCAUUUGGGAUAACAAUCUCUUCAUUGACCUUUCCUCAUCGGGAAGGAAUCAAUGAUGAUUUAUAUCCACCAACUUCAACAGGUAAAACAACAUUUGAUACAUCAAUUAUGGUUGAAUCAGAUCUCUCUGGAGGCAGAUGAUGAUUCAAUAAUUAUAUAAUUGUACAUAUGAUUUACACUUAUCAAAACUUCAUAUAUGUGUGUGCUUAUGAGCUGGCUCAU